AUGAACGGGACAGAGGUAGGGAGGGAGGAGGAGAGAAAGAAACGUCAGAUAGCAGGAGCAGGAUAGAAAUGUCAGAGGAGAGAAAAAUAGUGAUAUUCCUCAGUGAUGCCAGAGGAUAACUUUCUGAACUCUGGACCCUCCUCCAGGAACACAAGAACACAUCCCCUGACAUCUCACAGCUAGUCACAAACCACAGCUUUUGGAACCUAUAUUUGUGCUGUCCACCAGGGACUCGACUAGAUGCAUAUAAUAUUCCAUUAUUUUGUUUCACUGACCUCAGCUUCUAUUUAGGGCUAUAAACCAUGCACAUAAGCCUCAGUUCACAUAUUUUUAUGUUUACAAUAAAGUCAUUUCUUGAGGAAAUAAUACACCAGAUAAAAUAAAACCGCACUGCAAGAGGGCAAACAAUGAAGUCAUAAAGAAUAGAGACAAAUGUAACAAUGAAAAGAAAGAAAAGUUGAGGGAGAAAUGGAGAGAGAGAAAACCCAGUGGUGACCACGUGAAAGAAAGCCCAUGUGGUAGAUAGGCUAUUAAGCAGAGGCCGUUGUCGUAGCGAUGUGAGUUCCAACCACACCUGCCCGAUAGAGAGAUAGUGGCAGUUUCUAUGGUGACGGGGUCAGCUGCAUGGGAAGCAGGGUAGCUGCUGGGGGCUGGCUGUGUGAGGAGCUUUCUGCAUUGGACAGGACUAGAGGUGGUGUUAUUUUUAAACACUGACUGCAGGGAUGAGGUGGUGUUGGUGGUGCCCAUCGAAUGAAGCCCCAGACAUCUCUCUCUCUCUCUCUCUCUCUCUCUCUCUCUCUCUCUCUCUCUUCUCCUCUCUCUCCUCUCUCUCUCUCUCUCCUCUCUCUCUCACUCCUCUCUCUCUCCCUCCUCUCUCUCUCUCUCUCUCUCUCUCUCUCUCUCUCUCUCUCUCUCUCUCUGCAGUGGAGCAGUAACAUAGUGUGUGUAACAGAGAAAGAGACUGACUCUGCAGGGGUGAAGAAGCUCUGCUAAGGGGAAGCUAAUCUGGCAGCUAAUUCCCUAAACACAAAAAAAAUCAGUGCCAACUGCAGUACACUAGACCCAGCCCUGUACCCAACCCCAGCCCCAGCAGUGCUCUGGACAGUGGGUGUGUGAUGACACACCUUCCAGUUGAAGCUCGCAUCUACUACAAAACCAUGGUGCUUGCCUAUGGAGCUGUGAGGGGAACGGCACCUCCUUACCUUCAGGCUCUGAUCAGACCCUACACCCAAACGAGGGCACUACGUUCAUCCACCUCUGGCCUGCUAGCCCCCCUACCUCUACGGAAGCACAGUUCCCGCUCAGCCCAGUCAAAGCUAUUCGCUGCUCUGGCACCCCAAUGGUGGAACAAGCUCCCCACGACGGCCAGGACAGCGGAGUCACUGACCACCUCUUUAAGGAAUACCUGGAAUAGUAUAACAGUAAUCCUUCUACCCCCCCCCCCCCCCCCCCCUUCCCCCACCCCCCAAUAAAAAAAAGGGUGGUUGUCCCACUGGCUAUCCUAAGUUGAAUGCACUAACUGCUGGGUAUGAGCGUCUGCUAAAUGACUUAAAUGUACAUGCAAAAUGAUACCCAGAGCGAGAAGCAGCAGCCUGGACCAGUGACAUCGGUCAGGAAACACUCUGUUAGGCUAGACCCAGACACAGACAGGCACCCAGCUCGUAGAGCUGGGAUCUACAUAGACACAGACAGCAGCACUGGACAUCUCAGUAAAGCUGACCCUAUGGUGAUUUUUCCUGGACCCUGUUUGAGCUGCUCCACAUUCUUCUCUCCUGUGUGCUGAUCCAUAUUGCUCUGCUGAAUCAUACUCACUGUUCUCAAUGCUUGAAUAAGAAAACCAUCUUGUUAAAUUAAUUCCAGAAAUAUAGCACCCUGCAUCCAACUGCUUGUUUGCCUCUGAAGCUAAGCAGGCUUGGUCCCUGGAUGGGAGACCAGAUGUAGCUGGAAGUGCAAAAAAAUAAACAAGUGACAAAUUUCAUGUGAAAGUAAAAUGUGGGAAUACCUUUUUUCACGAGGGAUGUGAAACUUCACACGUGUCCGAAAACCACGUCUCACUCAUAUGAUAUAUAUCUUUUUUUACAUUUUUCACGUGAUUUGUUUACGUGAUUUUAUCAUGUGUUCUGCUCUCAAAUCCAUAGACUACGCUGUGGAUGCAAGGACUGUCCAUGAUAUCAAAAGUAUUGUUUUAACCAUGUUUUUAGGCUAUACAGUGGUUGUUUACAUUUACUUUGUUUCAAACAGUGGAGUAAAACAUUUUAUAUUUUGGGUUCUGAUGGGAUACGACAGUUGAAUUAAGCUCAAGCGGCAUUUAUAUGUUAUAUUCUUCAAGAAUCAAUGGGUACAUAAACUUAUAAGUCCAAAAAUUGAUAUAGCAACUAAGGAUUACCCCUUUGACAGGCAUUGAACCUUCAUACAGCAGAACUAUGUCGCCAUUUGCACGUGAUCCAUUAACCUGCCCCCCAAAAAAAUUAUUCUGUCCACAGUUCCGCGAAUGUCCCGCAAAAUCAUUCCCUUGUCCCACAUUUCGGCUUUCCCACAUUUCGGCUUUUUAGAUGUGGCCAUCCUAAUUCCACCAGUAGAAACAUUGCUACUGUUAACACCAUCUUUUCACAUAACAUUAUUUCAACCAAACAUGUGAAUCUGCUUUCAACAUGUUAAAGUGAGAUUUUUUACACAGUUGGAGUUUUCUUACAUGUAAAACUGCAAAUUUGAUUUUAAUUUUCACAUGUGGAAUUGGAAGUUCACGUGAAAAACAAUCACAUGUGGAAGUUUUUCACAUAUGAAACGGCAAAUGUGAUUUUCACAUGUGCAAUUGAAAUUCACAUGUGAGGUGAAUUCUCCUCACAUGUGAAAAAGUUGUGUUAACAUGUGAACUCUAAAUUUAAUACAUGUGAAAAUGCGAUUUGACAUGUGCUUUUUUUUGUAAGGGCACACACACACACACACACACACACACACACACACACACACACACACACACACACACACACACACACACACACACACACACACACACACACACACACACACACACACACAUGCCUCAGUGUCAUCAGGCAGGGUACUGAAUGUUUCUCUCUCUGUCUUCCAGUGUGCUGAUGCAGGCUCGGCCCAUGACAGCUCAUCCCUGAAGAGGGUGGCAGUGGUGGAGGACUUCUUCGACAUCAUCUAUGCCAUGCAUGUGGAGAUGGGUGCCGACCCUGGCAGAGCACCUAAACAUGCUGGCCAGAAGAAGACCUACAAAGCGGUAAGAAGCCGUCCCGCAAGUGAUUUAUUUUGUCCCUCCAAAGUUUUUAGAAGAAAUCUAUCUAUAUAUAUAUAUGUUUUGGGGAGGUGGGGGGAAUUUUAGUUUUUGGUCAAAAAAUACUAAAAUCACCCAAUAUUCUGCUAAGAAUGAGUUUCAUUUAGGAAAUCUAUUCACCAAGUAUUCCCACAAAUAGAAAAAGAGACAUGUGUGAUCGUGUCUCAAUGUAAUCAAGGUAUGAAAUUAUUGUUAUUUUCAAAUACAAUCUUCUUUGGGGCUUAGUUGUGGUCAAUUUGCAGUGUACAAAUGAUUAUAAUUAUGUUCCGGCCCCCCCACCAUCCGCUUUGACAAAAAUCGGCCCGCGGCUGAAUCUAAUUGCCUACCCCUACUAAAGACUGUACUAAAACAUCUUCUUCCUAUUCUCUUAGAGACUGCCACAUAAAAUAGACAUUUUAUAGACUGCCUAUUCCUUAUUCAUAGCAUCAGUAGUUACUAAGGCAACCAUACAUCCUCAACAGGAGACAAAAGUAAAGUCCAUAUAUAUCACAUCAUCAACAGCAUAUGCAUUCCUAGAUUAAAUUGUUCUAUGGUGUAACUGUAUUCACUCAGUCCUUGUGUAUUCACCCAGUGUAUUCAGCAUCUAGUUAGGUCUGAGAUGCCAUGUCUGUGUCUGCAGCUGGGGGGUCUUUGUCUGUGUUGUGAGACAGUUUUUUUGGGAGCAUGGCUGUUACACCCUCCGGGGACCUGGGCCUUUUCUCCCUCGUGCCUCUCGCCCCUGCCCCGUAGAGAGGUCCUGUCAUGUCUCAUAGUACGUACCCUUUUGGGAAGGCAUUGAGUGCCAUUGGGGCAUGGGCAUAAUAUGAAGCUGUCACCGUGGCCUUCUGGGAAGUGCAGAUUCCUCUGGGUGGCCUUUCCUUCUCCUCUGCCUCUGGGGGAGGGAGAGAGGGGGGUGAGCUGGGCACCCCUGCUGCCUCACCAUGGUCACAUGAAGGUCGCCUUGUUUAGCAGAGAAAUGCCAGGGGGGGCAGAGAGGCAGAGAUAAACAGGGAAGGGAGCUAGAGCAUGAGAGAGGGGAAUAUACAGGUCUGAAAUGAUUGGCACCCAAAGAUGAGCAAAAAACACUGUAUAAUAUAAAUAAUACAAAUACUGAGCUAAAUGGAAAAUUAUGUUAUUUUAUACUAAUACAAUUGCUCAGAGAAAGAGAUUUAGUUUAACAAGUUAUAAAAAAAAUAAACAGGGGUCAAAAUGAUUGGCACCCCUGUUUUCAAUACCCCAGCACCCUCCUCUUGCGAGGAUAACGACACUGAGCCUUUUUCAAAAAUGUUUUAUGAGAUUGGAGAACACAUUGGGAGGGAUCUUAGACCAUUCAUACAUACAGAAUCUUCCCAAGUCCUUGAUAUCCUUGGUCUGCGCUUAUGGACUCCUGGCCUCUUCAAUUCAAACCACAGGUAUUAAAUGGGGUUCAAGUCCGGGGACUGAGAUGGCCAUUGCAAAAUGUUGAUUUUGUGGUCUUUUACUCAUUUCUUUGUGGAUUUUAAUGUGUGCUUCGGGUUAUUGUUUUGCUGGAAGAUCCACUUGUGGCGAAGUUUCAACAUCCUGGCAGAGACAACUAGGUUUUUGGCUAAAAUGUCCUGGCACUUGAUCAAGUUCAUGAUGCCAUUGACCUUAACAAGGGCCCCAGGACCAGUGGAAGCAAAAUAGCCCCAUAGCAACAAAGAUCCAUCCCCAUAUUUUACAGUAGUUAUGAGGGACUUUUCUGCAUAUGCUUCUGUUUUUCAACGCCAAACCCACCACUGGUGUGUAUGGCCAAAGACCUCUAUCUUCAUGUCAUCUCACCAUAGCACCGCCUGGAGUUUGAUAAACAUUUACAUUUUACAUUUUAGUCAUUUAGCAGACGCUCUUAUCCAGAGCACUUGGAUUGGAACCGGUGCUAAAGUCAGAUUACAUAAAAAUAGAGCUAUUUGGCCACACACACCAGUACCAUACCUACACUGUACUGUAAAAUAUGGUGGUGGGUUUUUGACGUUAUGGGGCUAUUUUGUUUCCACUGGUCUUGAGGCCUUUGUUAUUUUAUUACUUGUUAAACAAAACCUAUUUACCUGAGCAAUUUUAUUAGUAUAAAAUAAUGUAAUUUCCCAAUGUUUUUGAGCAUUCAAUAUAGCUCAUUAUUUGUAUUAUUUAUUUUAUACAGUCUUUUUUGCUCAUCUUUAUCAAGGGUGCCAAUGAUUUGGGUCCUGACUGUAUGUGAGUCAGCUGCACCUGAGAGAGAAAAGGAGGAGGAGCUCUGACUCCAGCCUGGAGAAUCAAAGCAGAAAGACAGUGCCUUCGGAAAGUAUUCAGACCCCUUCCAUUUUCCCACAUUUUGUUACGUUACAGCCUUAUUCGAAAAUGGAUGAAAUAAAACGUUUUCCUCAUCAAUCUACACACAAUACCCCAUAAUGACAAAGCGAAAACAGGUUUUUCUUUUUUUUUGCAAAUUAAAAUAAGAAUAAAAACAGAAAGAACUUAUUUACAUAUUAAGUAUUCAGACCCUUUGCUAUAAGUUCGAAAUUGAGCUCAGCUGCAUCCUGUUUCCACUGAUCAUCCUUGAGAUGGUUCUACAACUUGAUUGGAGUCCACCUGUGGUAAUUUCAAUUGAUUGGACAUGAUUUGGAAAGGCACACACCUGUCUAUAUAAGAUCACACAGUUGACAGUGCAUGUCAGAGCAAAAACCAAGCCAUAAAGUCGAAGGAAUUGUCCGUAGAGCUCCGAGACAGGAUUGUGUCGAGGCACAGAUCUGAGGAAGGGUACCAAAAAAUGUCUGCAGCAUUUAAGGUCCCCAUUUAAGGUCCCCAAGAACACAGUUUGGAACCACCAAGACUCUUCCUAGAGCUUGCUACCCGGCCAAACUGAGCAAUCAGGGGAGAAGGGCUUUGGUCAUGGAGGUGACCAAGAACCUGAUGGUCACUCUGACAAAGCUCCAGAGUUCCUCUGUGGAGAUGGGAGAAUCUUCCAGAAGGACAACCAUCUCUGCAGCACUCCACCAAUCAGGCCUUUAUGGUAGCGUGGCCAGACGCUAGGGUCUGAAUACUUAUGUAAAUGUGAUAUUUCCGUUUUUUAUUUUUAUUACAUUUUAAACAAGCCUGUUUAUGCUUUGUCAUUAUGGGGUAUUGUGUGUAGAUUGAUGAGGGGGGAAAAAACUAUUUAAUCCAAUUUAGAAUAAGGUAACAAAAUGUGGAAAAAGUAAAGGGGUCUGAAUACUUUCCGAAUGCACUGUAAGUAGAUGGUCGAGUCAAACAGUCAGGUCUUUGGCAGCAGAUGAGCGAAAGAGAGAGCAAGUGAGAGAAAGAGAAGGGGAGAGAGAGAGAGAGAGAGAGAGAGAGAGAGAGAGAGAGAGAGAGAGAGAGAGAGAGAGAGAGAGAGAGAGAGAGAGAGAGGUUGUUGGAGUCCUUGAGGGAGAAUUCCUUCCUCCUUCCUCACCAUGCCACAUAACACAGCAUUAACAUAAUCAUUGAUCCCUUAAUAACAGUUCAUGUCUUCUUUGCUCCUGUCCUGCCUGACCUGUGCUGUGCCCUCUGACCUUUCCCCUGGCACAGAUAGCAGAGACAUAUGCCUUCCUGCCCAGGGAGGCAGUGACACGCUUCCUAAUGAGCUGUGGAGAGUGUCAGAAAAGGAUGCACAUCAAUCCCAGCACCGCAGAGUUUAAAGGUAACUAA